AUGAACCAGGAGGGACUCGUGAACCGCACGUCUUCGGCCGUGACGAGGUCAUCGUCGGUAGCGGCGCCUAGAGAGCAGGAACAGCCACAGGUCUCGUCACCGGUCUUAGGAGGUGGCGGCGCAGCCACUCGAGGCCAGCAGAUAGCUGCCGUCGCACGUCUCAUGUUCAAGGGAUUGGGCCCGACCGCGAGCUGCGUCCUGGCCACCGCCUUCGUAAUCGGGGGCCUCUGCGCGGCCGGUUUGGUCGUGUACGUCACGCAGCGGGUCAUUUACGCGCGCAUCGAAGAGCACCAGCGCGUGCGCCAGUAUCUGCGUGAUGUUCUGGGAGAGACUGGACCGGAGCGAUACCCGGGCGCGCCGUUUCCGCGGCAGGCGUUCAUAUUCGCCUGUCAGACCGACCACUGCACCAAGGAGGGCAAACAUCUGCGCCGAAACGUCGCCUGGAGCCUCGACCCCUGCAGGGACUUCCACGAGUAUGCAUGCAGCGGUGACGCGAGGCGGCCCUCGCUCAGGGAGGACGCGCUGAGCCACUUUCUUAUCGAGGUGCGCUCGGUCCUCGACAAGUGGGGUCAGUUCCGUUGGACUAGGACACCGCCCGUGCAUUCAAAGGCUUACCGGUUCUUCCGCGCCUGCCACGGCUCCAAGCACGACCGAGAGACAAUCGAGCACGACCUGGCGCAGUACCUCCGCGGCGUCGACAGAGCCCACAGGUUGCCGGAGGCCUGGGCGGCCGAGGUGUCCCGCACGCUGCAGCUGUUCCCGGUGUUCGAAAUGAGCGUCGCCGCAGUGUCGAACACCUCCUGCAUCGUGCUCAAGGAGCCCGACCAGUUCGACGAGGACGCAAUGCUGGGCUUGCCCACCAUCGUCUCGCGGAAGCACCGCGAACUGGUCGGAAAGAUGAUGAAGGCCGACACCAAGUCCGUGUACAGCGCACUCCAGUUCGCCUGGUCGCUGCGGGCCUUCGGCGGUCCUCCGGACGACGCCCUCUCUCCUCUGAGCAACUUCUCGCAGACCACGGUCAGCGCUUUGAAGGCCAAGUUGAACGGAGAGUGGCACUGGGAUAGGUUUCUGGCGGCCUUCUUUCUCGGACACUUGGACGUGGACGACCACACGUGCGUCAUUGUGAGGGCCCCGUCGUACACGAACCACGUGGCAGAGGUGACGAAGGAGGCGAAGGCCGAGACGGUGCGGGCCUACUUCAGCUACUCGCUGCACCUGCACCUGUGGCCGUUCUGGACGCUCCUCGACGGGGACAAGGAGCAGCAUGAGCAAGCGUGUGCGUUGCUCGCGUACCGUCUCUUCAACUUCGCCUUCCUCGAACACUUCAACGACACGGCGCGCAUGGGAGUUGUCGCCAAGGCUGGCCUGAAGGAGGCCGUCGUGCGGAACUCGUACCGGAUUGCUAUGCUCCAGUCUGAGGACAUACCGAAGGACGUCCGGGAACGAGUUCUGGAUGGCAUCGCCGACACGGACAAGUCCUACUUCAACCACAUGGAUGACGUCGAAGCCUACUACGAACCGACACAGCCUGUGCCCGUGGACUGGCGACACAUCCUGCCGGCCUACCUGGAGAUCCGACACAGUCUGGUCACCCACUGGCUGAAGCGCGUGGUCGCGUCGGGAGGUCGAGUGUUCGACACCAACCUGGACCUGGCGUGUCGCUUCGACCCGGACACGAAGACCCUGGGCGUACCCAUGUCCAUCGCCGACGUGGAAGUGGGCGGACGGGAAUUCUUCCUGGACAUUUCCACCGUCGGACUGCUCAUGGCUCGGUCGAUCUACAGGAUAUUCCAGGAGCACGCCAUGUGGUCCGGCGAGCUGCGAAAGCUGCGCUUGUGCUUGCAGCGUGCUUACGGCAACUUCAGCGCGGCCGAAGGGCGGAGCCGGCGGAGCGUCGACGGGUUCCGCUGCCUACGCACAAGCGUCAUGGACCACGUGGUACUCAGGGCCGUGCACAAAGCCUACAAGACGGCCGUGGUGACGUUCUCGCCACAGACGGAGCGCGGCCACCGAAUGCGCGACGUGUCCCUGCAUCUGCCGGAAGUCCCCAAGGUCAGCUCGGAGCAGCUCUUCUUCCUGCUGUACGCGCAGUCCUUCUGCGAGCCGCAUGAAGACGUCGCCGACGUGGUCGAGAGGGCGUCGUGGGCGCCGACCAAGGUCCGGCUCAACCGGCAGCUGGCGGACUUCGGGCCGUUCGCCGACGCGUUUCGAUGCGCCCGCGGGACACCCAUGCACCCCACCCAGAGAUGCACCGCAUGACCCUCAUCCUCGCGGUGUUUUUCUUUUCUUUUUUUCCGCCUUUUUUUUCGUAACCGUUUUCUUUUCCUUGGACUUUUGUUAAGGGCCCGCAUUAAUAAAAGCGAGUCGCU